GCCGUAUUCAGCGCACGGGGCUCCGCCAUUUUAACUUCCUGCUUCCAAAGAAGACGAGCCCAUCGCAGUGUUUGUACUCGAAACGCUUUAACGUUAACUUUAACGUAGGGGUUUGUCUUGUUUACUUUUCUUACAGGGAUCAACGUAAGCACCUCGUACUAGUUUCUGACAGCCUGUUUCGGGUAGUUUCAGCCGGAGAGUCGCAAUGCCGAGCCACCCGCUGCGUGUAGCGGUUGUGUGCUCGAGCAACCAGAACCGCAGUAUGGAAGCGCACAAUAUCCUCAGCAAACGUGGAUUUGAAGUGCGUUCAUUUGGGACAGGGUCUCAUGUGAAGCUACCCGGUCCUGCCCCGGAUAAGCCAAAUGUGUAUGACUUCAAAACGACUUAUGAACAGAUGUACAACGACUUGGUCCGCAAGGACAAGGAACUAUACACACAGAACGGCAUCCUGCACAUGCUGGACCGCAACAAGCGCAUCAAAUCAAAGCCCGAGCGCUUCCAAAACUGCAAGGAGAAGUUCGACCUGGUCAUCACCUGUGAAGAGAGAGUCUAUGACCAAGUGCUGGAGGAUCUGAAUUCCAGAGAGCAGGAGACUCUACAGCCUGUGCACGUAAUCAAUGUAGACAUUCAGGACAACCAUGAGGAAGCCACGCUGGGCGCCUUCCUUAUCUGUGAGCUGUGUCAAUGUAUCCAGCACACCGACGACAUGGAGAAUGAAAUCGAUGAGCUCCUACAAGAGUUCGAGGAGAAGAGCAACAGGCCUUUUCUUCACACUGUCUGCUUCUACUGAUACACAAGAGAAACCUGCAAUAAACACAGACCGAGAUCACAAGCAAUCAAUCAAGAGCAUAUGGACAUGCACGCUUCAUACUCCUCAGUCAUCUACAACACAGUGCAUACGUGUUGUGUGCCUGCAUACACACAAACACACACAGACACACACAUACACACACAGAGCUUUGGUUCAGGACCUUACAGGUGGCUGCUGUUGGAGAUACUGGUUAUUAUGGGUUUUUUCCUCUGUACAGAGGAUGAACUCGCUGCUCUCACUCUGCCUUUAUUCCUCCAGGUCAAGGUCAGGCCAAGGUCCUUCCCCCAUCUCAGUCCAAUGAAAUCACUCAACCAUGUCUCCUCAGGGAGAACCAUAACACCCACACCCCAGGUUCAACAACUCCUCCACAAGUCCCUCUCAUUUUUGUUCAAUACAGCAUAUUUAUGCAGAUUCUUUUUGUUUUGUUUUUUUUCUCCAGAUGAUAUAUAAUCGUAAUUCAUUUAAGCAUAUACGUCAGAUUUUAAUUGCUGACCUGGGACAGUGUAAAUGUGUUUACACGCAUAGGAGGACAAUUGAUUGAAAUGUAUGCGUGUUUUUGUGCGACUUUGUGCUGUAGCUUAGUUAGGUUAAGUUAAAAAGUUCAAAUGGGUUCUGGUAAUGCUGUCAUUCAGGGCAUAGUAUUUUUUUUUUCUUUUAUAAAUGUUAAAUAAUUGAAACAUUGUAAUUAUUUUCAAACUGAGUGCCUGACUUUUCUGUAUGUACAUAUGAAUUACUAAAGAAAGAAACAUCUCUAAGAAACAUUUCAUGACUCUUUAUUGGUUUUAGUUCAUGGUGGGUUCAUUUAAAAAAAAAAAAAAAAAAAACAACUUUAAUUGAAUAUGUGUGCUGUUGGACUAAAUAUUACCAUCAAUUCAAUCAGUUCGGCUACUAAUGGCUGUCAGGAUGACACCUGCUUGUGGGCCUGUUGUAAUCCUCUGUGGACCAGAACAGGUCCUAGUUUGAGUACUACAGAUAUUAUAACAGGUGAGAUAGACACAAAAAUAUGCAAACCAUGACCUCAGUUCUGCUUUGCUUGAACAGUAAUCACUGCCCUUCUUCAUUUUGUGGUUUAUUGACAAGAAAUGUGUACAUGACAGACGUGUGCUCAAUAAAGGUUGAUCAUGCAAAA